GGAGGGAAGCAGCAUGGCGGCCGGGUGCGAGCCGCUGAGCGCGCCGCCGCCUUCCCCUCCUGCCGCGCCCGUGGCGGGGCCCGCGGGCCCGUUGCCCGAGUAGCCAGCGCCGCCCGGAGCUCGCCCGGCCAUGGAGCUCGCCCGCCCGGCCUUCCCGGCGCUGCCGCAGGCCAAGGAGGACUCCGAGGAUUGGACCUAUCCCAUGAGACGAGAGAUGCAGGAAAUUUUACCUGGGUUAUUUUUAGGCCCAUAUUCUUCAGCUAUGAAAAGCAAGCUACCUAUACUUCAGAAACAUGGAAUAACCCAUGUAAUAUGCAUACGGCAAAAUAUUGAAGCAAAUUUUAUUAAACCAAACUUCCAACAGUUAUUUAGGUAUUUAGUCUUGGAUAUUGCAGAUAAUCCAGUUGAAAAUAUAAUACGAUUUUUCCCUAUGACGAAAGAAUUUAUUGAUGGAAGUUUACAAACUGGAGGAAAAGUUCUUGUCCAUGGAAAUGCAGGGAUUUCUAGAAGUGCUGCCUUAGUUAUUGCAUACAUUAUGGAAACAUUUGGGGUGAAGUACAGGGAUGCAUUUACUUACGUUCAAGAAAGAAGAUUCUGUAUUAAUCCUAAUGCUGGAUUUGUCCAUCAACUUCAGGAAUAUGAAGCCAUCUAUCUAGCAAAAUUAACUAUCCAGAUGAUGUCACCACUGCAGCUGGAGAGAUCACUCUCUGUUCCACCUGGUACUACAGGAAGUUUGAAGCGAACACAUGAGGAUGAGGACGAAUUUGGAAAUAUGCAAGUGGCAGCAGCACAGAAUGGGUGAUGUAGGGCACCACUAUUCAUAGAGAUUGUGAAUUCCUGCACGUGGAAGUGAAGAAAACUAGAAAAGAUAAAUUAACACAAAACAAUGAACACACCCGAGCUUCUUUUCAAAUACAUGUUGCUUCCAGAUGUAAAUCUGCCUCUGCAACACACUAAGCAACAUUUUAAUAUGUUGGACUUCUUGAAUGAAUAGAUGGCACUGAUUGUUUUACUCCUUUUUUACACUUUACAGUUUUAUUCUAUACCAAGAUUUUUGGACUUGCAAAGAGGUAUUAUUGCAAUAAUGCACUUUUCAUACUUGAAAUUUCUUUAUUUGUAUGAUAUAAAGUUAUUACUUUAAACAAAAUGCAAGCUGGGGGGAUUUGUUUAUAAAGUUAUUUGUGUAAUUUAUAACAAGAGACUUUAGUAAAGAAAAGUUUGCUAAAAUUCACUGUGUUCUAAGUAUAUAUUGCAACUUAGUAACUCCACUUUUGGAAACAUACAAAAAGUGGAAAUAGAUCCUGUUUUUACAAACGUCCAUAUACCUUCUGCUGUUAGCAGUUGAAACCUCCCCAAUUAUCUGAACAGCAUUGACUCACUAUCUUCACAAUAAAACCCCAUUAUGUAUCCAUUUAUCUUCAAAUACACUGGCUACACUCUUGUUAGUCUUUGAGAAGAGGAAAUACUGAUCUAGAAACCUCCAUUAGUAUGAUGCAAGCUAAUCUAAUAACUGUAUCUGGUUAGAGUAAAUUAUUAAAUAAAAGGGUCAUGUGUUAAACUAACCAACGGGGAAACCACCAUCUCAACUUGAUGUAUACUAGGACUGAAAUCUUUCUAUUAGCAAGCAGGAAUCAGUAAGUUUCAGACUAAGGUUUUGGCAAACUUAGUUGUUAAGUCAGGCAAUAGUUGGUGUAACAAAUCAAAAAUAGAACCAUUGCCUACCAACUCAUUUCCAAUGCCUUUCCCGUGUAUUGUAUCAAACAAGGGAACCAUGGGACAAGUAGCGGUGAAAGCAUACUGCAAGACCGUAGCCUGGCUGACUGAAUGGAGGAACACUGACAUUUCACUCAAACACCAGCGAGUGUCUCUGCCAUUGAAGAUAAGAUCUAUGCACCUCCAAAAGGUUAAAAUUAAUAAAUUCUGUUUAAAAAACA